GUUGUUUCCCCUCUGCUUCGCUUUUGGCAGUUUGAGGGCGAGUGUUUAGUAAGCUACGGCUAGCAUCAAUCAUUGCGGAGUAUUUACCCGGCUGGUUUAAUUACAGACAUUUUUACAUAGGAAUGGACUUUAAUCACGACGAAAGCACGGGUUUUCCAUACGAUAUGUGAUAACGAGUAGUGCUAAGUGAUAUUAGCCUUGCAAACGCUGUUCAGGUAGUAGGAACAGUAUGCUCUGCUAUUUGAAGCAUUCUCCAGCUGUUUUCUGUAAUUGGAAGCACUGCUCUCGGGAUUAUGUCGGCGGUGUUUGGUAGGGAGACGAGAAGGGAAAUGUAUGUUUAAAUUCAUACAGAAAGAAGAAUUCAGCAGUCAGACAUAAUGGAUAACAGACGGGAAAGGAGGCUGACAUUUAUCACCAUUGGACUUAUUUUUCUUCUUAGCGGCGUGGAAUAUGCUGUAAUUUUGCCCACAAUAUGGCAUUUCUUGCAGACUCUGGAUGCAGCACCUUACUUUCUGGGAUUGGUCCUGUCAGCAUUCAGUCUGAGUGGCCUACUGUCUGGACCACUGUUUGGCCACUGGUCCGACAGAACCCGAUCAACAAAGAAGAUCAUAUUGUUUGCCAACAUCUUUGAGAUAGUUGGUAAUUUCAUGUACUUGAUGGGAUACUCAAAGUGGCUUCUGCUGUCAAGCAGACUGGUAGCAGGCAUCGGUGCAGGCGUUAGCUCGUCCAUCUUUGGCUUCUUAACCAGAAGCACGGCCCCAGAGGACCGUGCCACUGUAUUUGCUGCUUUCAUGGCGUGUCGGCAGGCUGGACUUGUGAUUGGUCCAGCAUUUAACAUCUUUCUGAGGUUGUGUGAUUUCCACCUGGGUCCUUUUGUAAUCAAUAAAUACACUGCGCCCGGGCUGUUUAUGUGUCUGCUGUGGAUUCUCCUUCAAUUCGUGGUUGUUUUCCUGACUGUGGACCUACCACCUGUUGAGAAGAGGAAAGCCAGGGAUAGUAUGACGCGAAAGAACCAAGAGGAAGAGAAUGAGAAAAGCCUUGUGGAAGACGAAGAAGAGAGCAAUGAAGAGGGAAAGCCCCUAAUAGUGUCUCAGGAGCUGAUGGGGUCCUACGGCUCUGUCAUGGCUUCCAGUCCACCCAGGAACACUACGCUGAAUCAAAAUCCUUCACCUGACUCUCCUGUUUCACCAGCAGAGUCUUCAGGUGUCUUUAAGAAUUUCAGCAUAUCUCGAGAGUUCCUGAGAGAAGAGGUGAUUGUGCUGCUGGCUGCCCAGUUUGUCACCUUUUUCAAUCAGACAGCGCUGGAGACCAUGGUGACACCUCUGACGCAGAAAUAUUUCAACUUUGGGGAGCUGGAGAACAGCGUGAUGUACUUUCUUGGUGGUGUAGUGGUGAUCGCCGGCUUCCUGUUUGUGCGCUGGCUGAGCCGCCAUGUGACAGAACGGGUCAUCCUUGCCAUUGGUCUGUGCAUGUGCAACAUCUCCUGUGUCUGGUGCCUCAUCUUCUUGGCUAAGCCGCUAGGUGGCUUUGCAUGGCAGCUGACAGAGUUCAUCAUUGGGGUAUUUCUGCAGAUUUUGGGUUUGCCGUUUGUGUCCGUUGCGCAGGUUUCUCUGUUUUCCAAAAUUACAGCUGAGAAAACACAAGGUUUCAGUCAGGGAAUACGUCGUUCAGUGGGGGGUCUAGCCACCAUUCUGGGCCCACUGUGGGCUGGAGGCCUUACCGAGAACAUGUAUGUCAUGAUGGGGAUGAUGACGGUACUGCUGGUCCUGCUAACGAUGAUGCUGGUCUACUCAUACAGUCGAUUGGUGGAACCUGCUGCACAGGAGCAAAUGGACAAUUCGGAAAACUUUAAUUAGCAAGUGGCUGUUAGAGGAAAAGUGGUUGAAGGAGAACAGUGGGAGCUUCGCGAUCUGUACUUUCUGUCCCUCAUCAGUCUCACUUUCUGCAUCAUGACCAUCAUGUAGAGUAGUAUCACGCACCAGAAGCACAAAACUUAUUCUAUAAGGGUUGGAUUUGUCUGUGCAGAGGCUGAUCUGAUGCUAUUUAGUUCACUAUAUUUCCUAUGGAAAUAAACAGUUCUGCUGUUCAUGCAAGAGUUGGAUAAAGAGGUUUGUACCAACAUCAUACUUGUGCUUCAGCACAUAAAACAUCAUGCUAACUGUUAAUUUGAUGAAUAUUCCUAAUGUUUUACAUUUGCAUCAGAGGACCAUAUAUGAAUAUAUAUUAAGCAAUGACAUGAUUUGCAUUAUUCAAGUUUUUUGACCAUUGUGGGAUUAAUUUGCUGACUCCCUGAAUUUUUUGAGGGUGUUUUUAGCGUUUAGGAAUGACAGCUUCUUAAGCUUUUGCCCCCUUUUUGUUUUUUCCAGGGGACUAAAGGUAAUUUGCUCAAUCGACCUUUUUCAUGGACAGGUGUAAACUAUUCUUUCAUUAUUUUUUGCAUUAGUUAAACAGUUAAAAGAUUUUGAACUAUGCAUGUGAACUUGGAAUCAACAGAGAUGAAAGUUGGAUAGGCUGCAAAAACAAAUCUGUUGCAGAGAUAACAGCAACAUUAGGAUUUGCGAAAUCAACAGUAUGAUGCAUAUAUGAAAAUAAACAUACUGGUGAGCCACAGAAGACAUUAGCGGUAUUAGUGCUCUGGCUAGUCUGUAACUGGAAGACUUCACAAGGGUAGACUUUAUCGGCUUCAAGAGUAGAAAGGCCAAAAUCUAAAAUGAUGAUUUUUAUUUCAAUUAUGAUUACAAUAAUUUUUACAAUUACGUUGUGCCUCUGAAGACAGGGGACUGUAAAUGAACAUCGCUGUAAUUACUCAAAGACAUAAAAGCUUUAAAGACUUCAAUUUCAUCUCAAAUCUGUUGUAAAAAAUUAUAACUGACAAAAUAUCACUGUCUAAAUAUUAUCUACUGAAACUGAAUUAUAGCUUGACCUAUUGACCUUCUGUUGUGAUAGAAAAUAAUAAUGUUAUUAAUGGCAAAACAGUACAGUGCAGAGCAUUUUAAAGGCAGGCCUUUUUGUCUGAAAUAGCAGAUGGAUUUUUUUCUUUAUUUCUAGGCUUUCUUCAAAUUUACAAUAAUUUCAUUACAGUUGAUCAAAUGAAAUGUUCAACUUUGCAUUGAUGACACUGUUUUACAUUCCUCCCAUAUUGUAUUUAUUAAUUUAACAAGCGCUUAAACACAUUGCUGAUAUGUUUUUUAAAUGUCACAGUAAGUGUGACAAUAAUUAAACACUAAAGGAAUCAGAAAUACUUAAAACAACUAAUACAAAGAAUCUUUUUUUCUUUGGAAAGCACUACGAAGUACACAUUGCUAAUAUCGUGAUGCUGAUUUCAUAUAUAUUUUCAACACUGGUGGGCGCUCUUAGUCUUUGUUCUGAAAUAUUUCAUUCUUAUUACUGCAUGACUGGUAUGUGAUCACAAGGAGUUGAGUCCACUGUUAGAAGUUUUUUUUUGUUUGUUUGUUUUUUUUUUUUAAAUGAACAUCAGCACUGUUAGAGUUGCUUUAGGUACAAGGCCGUGCUAAAUCAGGCACUACACUUUUUGCAGGCUUUACAUUUAUGUUUUUUGUAAUAAUUUCUUCACAUUUUACACUAAACACACCAAAGUGAUGUUAUAAACCGAGUCUUCUUUAUUUCAUAUUUAUUUUUCAUUAUUUAUUUAUUUUGUUUUGUUGCCUCGCAGAAUGUACAUGGCCUUCUUUGUAUCCUUGUCUUUGAAUAAAAAAGAUGAACCUCA